GGUAGUUUCCCCAGGCUAGAGGGAGAGUUGGCCGCCGGCCGGCCGAUGGACCCGUCGUCGAUCAACAGGGCAGCAGCUCCUUUCCUCAAUCAAUCAACAAGGCGACAGCGAUGGCGGCGGCCAUGAUGACGGCGAUGGGGGUGGCCACUUCCGGUGUGUGCGAAGGCGGAGGGAGACGAUUGUUCGCGCUCUCUUCCUCCGCCAAUGAGCGUGCCGCUGUCGACAGGUGCGGCGGCGCAUCUGCGCCUGGGGUCUGCGAAAGGGCUCCAUCGUCCCGAUCUUUGGUUGCGUCGGGAUCGCGGCCCAUUUGUCCUAGCUCCCGCUUCAGUCCCUUCGUGCUGUCCAAGCUGUGCCCGCGAACGCGCUCGGCGCAGUGGCCUGCCAUGGCCGUCCGACAAGGCAUGUCUCCUUCACGCGCUUCCGCGACGAGCGCGCAGCGGCGGCGCCCUUUCGCGCACUCGCCAUUCGGCUCCGCCGAUCACCAUCAUCAAGGUCGCCAUCUUCAUCGAAGCAAGGGCUUCUUUAUCUUGCGAGACGUAGAUCGAGGGGUAGGGCUGAGAUCCCGACAACCCGGCACUCAGAUGGAUCUUCGUCGGCUUGGCGUUCAAUUAGGUCAGAAACGAUUUGCAGGCCAGCUGUCAGAAAAUGUGCCAGAGGAGAAGACUGCUGCCGCGGAACCUGUCCGCUUGGACGGCCUUUCGGCGGCGGCGGUUAUGACGGCCCACGUCGAGAUACCGACACCGGAGGGUGAUGCGCAAGGCGAGGUUGCUGUUCCGCCGAAUGGCACUGCGGGAGCAGAUGCGGUCGAGGAGAAGCGGCAGCGUAGGUGUGUGAAGGGUCAGCUGCGCAAUGGGACCAGUGGGACACCUGGGAAGCGCCGAGGAAGGAGAAAGAAAGAGGAGGAGAUAGUAAGUGACAGUGUGCAUGAGAACGCCAAAAAUCUGAGCGUAGGUGAUGGGACAGAAGAAGAGAGAGUCCCUCUUGCUGCAGAGGCAGGCGAACGGGAUGAACUGGAAGCUGUAAAUGGUCAGGCUAUAGACGCUAGAGAACGUGCAAAUAGCUGGUCUAUGGACGACAGGGAAGAUGGUGCUGCCGAUCUACGAGAGGAGAAAGACAAAAUUGAGGAGAGAGAGGCAGUACGACGGAUGGGUAGGAGGGAAGAUGGCGAUGCAGCGGUAAGUACUGCUCCUGCGGCGGUUGCCGCUGCUGCUGCUACUUCAGUCGAAGACACACGUGGGAGAGAGGAGGAGGAGGAGGAGGAGGAGGAGGGGGGGGGUAGCUUUGUAGUUGCUGGACAAGAAGGACAGCAUAGGACUCCUCAGAUGGGAGAGGAGGAUAGCGAAGAGGAUGCAAUGAUUGGCAACUUGAAGAUGUCUGUUGUGUGCGAUCGGCUAAUCGAGGUGUUCUUGAAUGAAAGAACAACGCCCGAUGAAUGGAGAAAGCUUUUGGCGUUUAGCGAUGAGUGGGGAAACAUUAGGCCGCAUUUCUACAAGAGGUGCAAGGUCCGGGCAGCGGAGGAAGAGAGUAUCGAGCUCAAGACGUCUUAUUUGAGACUUGCAAGGCGAUUGGAGAAGGUGGACCAGGACAUGCAGAGACAUGAUGAUCUCUUGCAUGCCAUCCAGGAGAGCGAGGGUGAGCUUGACGCUCUGGUCCUUCGGCGUAGGAAGGACUUCACGUCUGACUUCUUCAAACACAUGAAGCUUGUAGCAGAAACCUACUAUGAUGAUCUGACCAAGCAGGACGAGAUGACGUCAUUAGCGACAAAGGUAUUGUCGGCAGUGGAGAAUCACGACAGAAUGGAACAGGAUCAGAAUGCCAUGGUGGAAGCGCAGGAGAAGUUCGAUGACAUAUUGAACUCGCCGAAUCUGGAAAUGGCCAAGGCGAAAAUUGACAAUCUGGCGGCAAACAAGCAGCUCGAUCCGGCUCUUAUGAUGCUGAUAACGAAGGCCUGGGUAGCAGCGAAAGAAUCCAACAUGAUGAAGGAAGAGGUGAAGGACAUAAUGUACCAUCUAUACAUGCAGGCGCGUGGCAACUUGCAGAGAAACCUUCCCACAGAGGUGCGGAUCUUGAGGCACUUGUUGUCACUUGAAGACCCGCGAGAGCGGAUGGCGGCCAUGACCGAAGCCUUCUCUCCUGGUGACGAAUUACAGGGGGAGAAGGUAGAUAUGCUGUACACAACACCUCAGAGGCUUCAUCGCUAUGUGGCAGCUGUUCUUGGUGCCUAUGAACACCCACGCAGCAAUCCUGUGUUCCAGGCUGCCAAGGACAUGAUGAAGCCAAUGAUCAUCCAGCGGUUGCAGGUCAUGAAAGAUAUCCUGGAAGAUCAAUUCCUAUAAUGCCCCCGUUGUCCAGUCCAAUCUCUGUGAUCAUCGUGCUAGUAAGAAGUGGGGAGGAAGGAGAUUAGAUAGUCGAUAUGUAUGUCAUCAGCUUUAAUGCUUACGUUCUCCAGUCCAAUCUCUGUUAUCAUCUUAUGGUUCAGCAGCCUGAUUCUCUUGCUUGCUGCAUGGGUAGUACAGUCGUGCUUUCUCUGAUUGACAUACGAGGCAAAGCUGAUGGAGCGAGCGCUGUCUCCAAAGGGUUUGCCUGUUAUCCCCUUUGUGCUGUGGUAGUCAAUAGUAUCUAUCACCAUCAUCAUGCAAUCUAGCCUGCGGUUGUGCCUUCCCUU